GUGAGAAUCAGACAGAAACCAAGUCUUUUGAUUGAUCACAAAAGAACAAUUCGUUUUUUCGCUCUCUCAAUUUUAAUAUCUUCUUCUUCUUCUUCCUUCAUUGAGCUUCAGCUUCAACUGUACAAAGAUUGGUAAAAGGAGAAGAAGAAGAUCCAUUAAACCGUAUCUAUCUUUUCUCUCUCCACUUCUAUUUCCAUGGCGGAGGGUGAAGAGAAGAACGGAAUUAUUGAUUCGAUUCCUUUAUUCGCUAAGGAGCUUAUUGCCGGCGGCGUCACGGGUGGUAUAGCUAAAACCGCCGUUGCUCCACUCGAGCGAAUUAAGAUUCUUUUCCAGACCAGAAGGGAUGAGUUUAAAAGGAUAGGACUUGUUGGAUCAAUCAACAAGAUUGGCAAAACUGAAGGUUUGAUGGGUUUCUACAGAGGGAAUGGUGCAAGUGUUGCUCGGAUAGUUCCCUAUGCAGCUCUUCAUUACAUGGCUUAUGAGGAAUACAGGAGAUGGAUUAUCUUUGGUUUCCCAGACACUACUCGAGGCCCAUUGCUUGAUCUCGUAGCUGGAUCAUUUGCUGGUGGUACUGCGGUUCUCUUCACCUAUCCUCUUGACCUGGUCCGGACUAAGCUCGCUUAUCAGGUUGUUGGUUCAGCAAAGACGCAAGUAAAAGCUAUUCCCGUGGAACAAAUCAUAUACAGAGGAAUUGUAGAUUGUUUCUCGAGGACAUACAGAGAAUCUGGAGCCCGAGGCCUAUAUCGUGGUGUAGCUCCUUCUCUCUAUGGGAUCUUCCCUUAUGCUGGUUUGAAGUUCUACUUCUACGAGGAGAUGAAACGUCAUGUCCCUCCGGAACAUAAGCAAGACAUUUCCCUGAAACUCGUUUGUGGGUCAGUCGCUGGAUUGCUUGGUCAGACUUUAACAUACCCUCUCGAUGUUGUCCGGAGACAAAUGCAGGUUGAGAGACUAUAUUCAGCCGUUAAGGAAGAAACAAGAAGAGGAACAAUGCAAACCCUUUUCAAGAUUGCAAGAGAAGAAGGUUGGAAGCAACUCUUCUCAGGGCUUAGCAUCAAUUACCUUAAGGUUUGAGACUAGUUUCAUCGAUCUAUCUUUGUUUUCGGACAAUGAACAACCAAGUUACAAACACUUUUCCUUUCGGGUUUCUUUAGGUUGUACCGUCUGUGGCAAUCGGAUUCACAGUGUAUGAUAUUAUGAAGCUGCACUUAAGAGUCCCGCCUCGAGAGGAACCUGAGGCAGAAGCUGUGACGACACGAAAAAGGAAAGUUUUCACCUAAUACUAAGAUCAACCAUAUGAUCUGAUUCUUUGUGGUGUUUAAAACCACAUAUUAUUAUACUAGAUUGUACAUUCCAUUUUUUGGUAGAGGAAACUGAAGCUAACACUCCUCCAUAUAAACAGUGUCAGAAUCCCAAUUGAAAACUCUAGGACCUCUCUAUGUAAACACAUAAUUGCUUAUACGUUUUUGUUGAAUACUUUCCAAUGUAUCUUACCUUACGAAAUACUGAGACACAGAUUGUUGAUUCUCAGGAUUUCAAAAUAUUUAUCAUGCUCA